AUGAGGAGCGACCGGCCGUUCCCCUUCGAGCUCGUGACCCUCGUCGCGUCAUUCGCCUCGCCCGGCACCGUCGCCAAUCUGACCCGGCUGUCGAGGGAUAUCAACCGCCUGUUCCUCGGGCUCCCGCGCCGCGCCGAGCUCCACGCCGGCCGAAAGCCCGGAUCGAGGCAAGCAUUCAAGGAGGAGGCGCGGGCGCUGAGGGACAAGUUUCCAGACAUCUUUGAUGAGUAUGAGGCAGAGGAGCGAGCGAUGGGCGCCGGUGGCGAGAAUGCGACGGCGAACGGUGCUUCACCCGCCGUCGCCACCCAGCCGCUUGCCGGGAACGCCGCACCACCCGCAGCCGCCGCCGAGGACGAUGACGACUCCGACGAGGAUUCGGACGCCUCCUUUGUCGCCUCGGACUCGGACUCUGAGGAGGAAUUCUUCGAAGACACGGACGACGACAUCAUGUACGCCGGCGGCGUCGAAGCCUCCCUCGACGCCGAGACGGAUGACGAGCUCGCGCCUCCGUUCGCCGAGAUCCAGGCCGCCUCCGCCUCGUGCACGUGGGAGCGGCGCCUCGAGCUCUUCAGGCACACCGAGUCUAUCACCUUCGUGCAAAUCCCGGGGUGGGAGUUCGCCUCGGAUCUGGUCUACGCUGUCGAGACGAUGGACCCAAACCUGUGUCCCCCCGGCGGGGCCCGAACAUACAGGCAGCGCCUGAACCAGGCGGCCGAGCGCUCCCGCCGCGCAGCGUGGGAGUACUGGGACGCCUAUGACGGGCCGGUCAUCUUCUCCAGCGUUCAGAAGGUUGCCUUCUCCAGUCGCGUCCUGCAGCAGAGGCAGCUGUACCGCCUCCGAGCGGCGUUCGAGUCGCCCGCCUUCAUGCAGCCGAGACAUGCGUGCCUCACCAUCCCCAGUCGGUUCGACGUGGCGGCGCACUUCCGCCGGAGCAUCGCCAGGCGCGUAGCACAGGUCACGCGAGAACAAGUGUUGCGUGUGCCAGUGAGCUGGCGCGCGGCCCGAGACGACCCCACCGCGCGGAUCCGCCGCAUGCUGCCUCCGACACUGGAAAGCUUCACGGUCCACAACCUAAGUCACGGGGGUUAUACCCCGACCCCGCCCGUCUGGUCGCAACGCAGGUGGGGAGAGCGCAAGCCCUGCAUCCCCAUGUGCGGAGGCCUGGGCACGCGGAACAGAAUGUUCUACACUCCGACGGUCGAGGAACCUGACCUCGCCGACGCGAUCGUGGCAACGCGCAUGGGCAUACCCCAGGACGAAGCCUUCCCCGAGACAGCGCCGAACCCGCAAUCGUGGGAGUUCAUUGGCUCCGUGCCACACUCCACCGUGGAGCGGGUUCACGCUCUCCUGGCCCGACCCGAGAAUGCGCCAGAGUACGGCGACCUGACGCCGGGCGAAUUCGACCCUGGCGAUCUGGAGCGCGCGCACGCCGAUCUGAAUGCAGCAGAAGUAGCCGAAGACGCUGCGACGCGGUAUGCCCGCGCCGCCCUCCUAGCGGCAAGGGACGACUACCUCCGCGCCGUGACCGAGUUGGAGCCGGCGAUUGGCGCCGCGCUAGCGGGACUGGAGAGUGAGGCGGACCACUGGCGCGAGAAGCGGGAGAAGGCGCUGCGCGACGUGCGCGCGUAUAAGGGAAAGAGUGCCGAGCGGCAGAAACAGCUCCUGCAGCGGCAUCACGAGGUCGACGCGUAUGCGGAGGAUGCGCAGCGUGAUGCCGAGAGGCUCGACAGCGUCGCUAUUGCGGGUAUGGCGAGGGGGUUCCGGGCUCAGCACCCCGAGUUGGCUUCUCUGGACACAUUUCUCGAGCAGCACGCGCAACUGCUCGCAGCGAGGGAGGCGGAGCGGACGGCGACGGUGAGGAGGGAGGUGUGCCUGGACCGAGUGCAGAGGGCCCAGGCGGCCAGUGCUCGGUAUCGGAGAGCCAGGAGGCUCCAGGAGCUCGAGGAGAAGUAUGGGAAGAGAGAGGAGGAUGUGACCUUUAUUAGGGAGGGGAGGGCGGCGCCGUGCGAGGUUUGCGGCGAGAAGAACAAGGUCGAUGGCGAUCUGCAUGAGAUCAUUGCCAAGGCUCACAAUGUUGUAUUAUAG